UAUUAAGACGGUAGAAAAGAAAUGUCAGCAUCAAAGAAUAACGCAUGACUAGACAGGAUUAGCGAGUUCCGUAAAGAGUGACAGAUUUAGGCUUUAGGAAUGAGCUCAACACGCUAGUUACUCGUACAAUACUAAACAAACAAGCCAUCACGCAUAUAUUAUACUACGGGAAGGCGAAUGACUUAAUUCACUGCCAAGUCUAACAGGAGACAGUCAAGAUAAGCCAGAAGUCAGGGAAAGGUAGAAAGCGCUCUUAAUUUUUCAACAGGAACAGGUACAAACUUUUAAUGAUUUUUGCACUUUUUCAUUACGAAACUUCCGCACUCUUCCUCGACUACUUCUAACUUUUUCACCAUUUUUUAAUAUUACUUUUCCAAAACAACUUUAACUUUUCCAAAACAAUUUCAAUUUAUUAUCAAUGGAAGAAAACAAUAAUAAUAAUAAUAACAAACAUCACUGCAGUAAUCUAAACUGAUUACAAAUUUUGACUCAAGGAAAUAUCCCAUAAAUUGAUUUCUUCUGGAAGUAAACUAUAAUAACGGCCUGAUUACACGUUAUCAACCGUAUAUUCAUGUAGUACGUUCACUUUAAACAUUAUAAGGCUUGAGAUAUCCGCUAUAGUUUGCGAAGAUAAAAAAACCCGCAGUUGUCGCAUUGGUCUUUCUCCAUCAACCGAUCUUCUAAAGUUUAUUUAAUUUUUAGGAAAAAGACAAUCAGCCAGCUUUAAAUAAAGUUUAGUCCUGUUUAAGAAAAAAAAACUACGCUGCUGAUUUAACAAGCGCUAUCAAUUUCUUCAGAUUUGAUCGGAACUACCUCAUCAAUGGAUUAUAACUCUGAAAGAGGCUACUAAGAAGACUAUGUUAAAAAUCGGAACUACGAAGUUAAUAACAUACUAAAAACAACCAAAAUAUUACUAACCCAGUUAUUUGCACCACAACGGAACGAAUUUGCCCGUCAUUUCCCGUUAUUUAUAAUGACCGAAAUCUCCGUUUGAUCAGCCAGUGAACUGAUAAUGAUAAUAUCCUAUAACGCGGAAGUCCACAAGACCAAAAAAUCAAAGACGACAUCAACCUUAUUAAAAAAGGUAACUUUGUGGACGUUUGAUUAUUUUAAGAUUUUCCUUUCGUCGAUCAAACCGUUCGUAGGAAAAAAGCUUUCAUCUUGAAAAAACGAACAAAUGAUAUAAAAAGGCGUUUUAGCUAGAAUUUGCGAAAAAAUCCGUGUCGGACUUUAUCCGAAGCUUCAAUGUUACUAUUACGUAAAACACGAUAAAGGGAAAUUCGGACUUCACUCUCAAGAAUAAAGACAAUUAGUAAAGUUUACUGAUGGGCCUUAAAAACAAUCCAACAAAAAAGCUAAUUUUGUUCGACACAACGUACUAGCACAAACAUAGCGUGACAAAAAUAUAGGAUUACCAAAAAAUAAAGGUCCAAAAAUACUGUAAAGCGAUUUAGUUAAACACAAGGAAGCCUAAGAAGGAUCAAGUGUGUUGUUGUUGGCUGGGAACGGAAAAAGCUUUGUAUUGUGGUAAAUGACGAAGUCAGCUUUCAUAUUUGGCGUACUAGAGAGAUUAUUCACCAACAUGACUUAUGCCAUGAAGGAGUGAAUCCGGUAUACAAGCAUGAACCGCGACAUUAGGUCAGUGAAGCUCCAACCUUUGCCUGAGCAUUGUUUCCCGGGUACCAUCCAUUUCCGAUAAGAAUCCAGUGCAAAAAUGUUUACAGUAACACUCUCUAAGGUGGACACCUUAAGGACCAGCACUAGGUGUCCUUCUGAGAGAAAUGUCCCCCUAUAGAGAGUCAAAUAAAAGGGGUAAAGAAGGACGGGGACCAACUCUAGUUGUCCGUCUUAUAAAAGGUGUCCGUUAAGAGAGUGUCGACUGAAUUUCUCUCUAGCUGGAUCUGAUCUUUUUACCUUUUCCACCACUGUUAAAAGCUUCGGUAAUGGUUGCGGCCUCUAACUAUAAUUUCAAAUUACUUUCGGACUAGAAUUCUAGAAUUCAAACUGUUAAACGUCCAGAUUUAAAGUAGUGUUAAGGUAUUAUACUGAUUGUUAGAAGAUAUGCGCAGUGAUUGCUUAUUUUACCAAGCAGAAUAGAUUUCGGACCGGUAUUCGGGUUUUCAAAGUUGAACACAAACGCACCUUACAGUACAAAACCUUUUCAGUUACGGGAAACCAAAUCAAGUAGGCCGGUGACUGGAAUAGCGUAAAGAUGGAAAAAAAAAGAGAAUUCUCAAAAAACUCUUAGCCUAAAUAUCGCCCAGGACGGAAAUAUUGCCGUGGAAAACAUGUAAUUUGCUUAAUGCCGGUUUUUUGAAUCAUACAUGUCCUCACAAUCACGAUUUAAAGAGUGAACUAUUUCUUUGAAAAAAGAAAAUGUAAAUUCUUGUCGAGAAUUUGUAGGUUUUAGCUGAUUUUAUAAGGGCUUCUUGAGCGUUUACAACUAAAAGGAUAUCGUAAAACCGACAGUGAAUAACAACACCAACUGAAAGGAAAUUCAAAAAGGAUGAUUGUCUCCAGCCAUGCACCUAGUUUACGAACAAGACAAUAUUUUUCCUUAUUACAUCUAAAUCAAAGUCUAAUCAUCUCACUGACUUACGCAGCCCGGCUGCAAAACUAAAGAAGACGGAAGUUGUAUAUUUCCUUACUUAACGAUUUACAGCAGAACCGCAUUCUCUAUUUUGCUGGCUAGUUUCUUAUUUUACAAGAUGAUGAUCUUAAAAAUCUAGCGCUUAUUUUCAGUUACAUUAACGUGUUGGUCAGAAAAUGAAUUAAAUAUUUUGUCUCUUGUCCAGCUGGUUAAGUUUCAUGCAGUUUGUCACGUAACAUUUAUGUAAAAAUGGUUUUGAAAACACACUAUGCAUAUGAUCUCGGAUGAUCACAGUUUCUUAUUUAAUUAAUUACUCUUUUCCUGGUUGUACGCAUUACAAAAGCCCCUUCCUAGGAGGUCUGCUUGGCUGCAAUUAGGUCAACAUCAAUCAGUGUCUUCGGCGAAUAUCUUGAGUAAACUAUCGGCAUUACACAUAGAUAAAGGUGUGUACUUUAUGAUAAACCUGGUUUAGGGUACAUAGUACAGAGGCUGGCUUUCUAAAGCGCGAUUUGUUUAACCCCAUGGCUGGGUUUUCUAUUCGGAAAUGAGCAGCUUCAAGAGAGCAAAUUAAAAAAAAUCCUUCUAGGCAUCCUUGCGCUUUAUUACGAAGCUCAUAUGGAUUACGUGUUAAUAUCCUUCUGUGCCCUUUAUCAAGUCGAAACAGAAUUAUGGAUGUGACAAUGGAGAGAAACAUUUAAGCUUCUGAAUGAAAUUUAGGUGGUUUCACAUCAAAAUGCAAAGGUUUUGCAACUGGAACACAAAGGUAUUUAAAAGGGCAUCGGUUAGUGAAAAGAGCCUGGAGGCAACAUAAAUUAGACUUUCAAUAUACCUUCUUCUCUUUCUCAGUCUGCUUGCUUAUGAGCUCAUUAUAGGAUUCACUAUUCUGGCCUUAUUGACGAUUGAUCACUUUAGCUGAAAAACGAAAGUAAAGGGCGAAGCAAAUCUACUUACAAUCUUUUCAAUUAAUUCUAUUCAAUCCGUCGCAACCCUUUUUGGUACAGAGAAGGUGUGGUGACCCAAGCUUCCAUGUUUUUCAAUUCGAGAGACCAAAAAUACGUAUGCAUAAGAACUAAAUAUUCUUAAGGGUGUAGAGUAAUUUAUAUAGCUGUAGAACCUAGGAAUAUAUUGUUUAUAGCUGUAGUUGUCUACCGCGACUGAUUAAAGUCUCACUAAAAUUGUAUCAGUUCGCAGUGGUUUCUCAUAAGGCCAAAAAACGACAACACGUUAUGCAUAGAACACAGAAUAGUAGACUAUACGAUAUUUUCAACUUUUUGGUGGGCUAAUCGCCUAGAAAAGUGAGCGAUAAAUAAUUGAAAUUAAUGUACUGUUAUAUUUUUCGUAGAAUAUUGAACAGAAAACAAGAGGAUUUUAAGAGGAGGAAAUAAACACAGGUUCUCCACUUUAAGCUUGAGGCGGGUUAGACAACUGAUAACAAGCAUAUCAAAGACGGCCCGCAAAUACAGACAAUAGCGUGCAAGAUGGAAUCAGAUUUGAGCUCUUCGUCUUUUUCUAUAGAUAACAUCCUUAAACCUGAUAAAUGCGACUCAACAGAGGAGCCUCGCUCAGCGGAUCGGGCGUUAACACUGGCUGAGCGAUUAGCUGGUAUGUAGCAUGUGAUAUAAGUAUAACAGAAUACACUCUGUAUAUUAAAGUGCAAGCCAGAACUUUCUUUGCCUUUAAAAACAUUAGCAACGUCAAACCCAAAAGGUCAUCUAUACUUACUUAUGCUUAAAAAAAAUCGUUCAUUGAUCUAGUCAACAGAACCACCCGUGCUUGUCAGUCUUGCUCGAAAUUUGCCUUAGUAGAGCAUCUUUUUACAAUGGAUUUACUGUAACAUACGAUCAAGACAUUUUCUGCUCAAGAUUGUUCGUUUGUUGUUGUUUUGGUUUGCGUUUUCGAUUUUUGAAUUUACAGUGUCGUAAUUAUUUGGCGCUCAGGCUGGAGAUCGCUUAACUUUCAAAAAAAGAUUUGACUGAAAACUUGUGUAGCAUGCUAAAACACUCUGUAUCUACCUAGAAACGGUAGAUUCGUUGUUACUUCAACGCAUGAUAGGGACCUCUGUAGAAUAAGCUCUCGUAACUGAAAGAAAAUAAAGCAGUGAUUUUACUUCAUUGAAAAGCAAAAUACUUUUUUCUACGCUAUUUCAACUCCUGGUAACCACCACUUGAAACAUAAGAGUUGCUUCUGUUUACGUUUAUUACCCUUUGGUCAAAACAGACAAAAUAUAUCAAGAGACAAGGCAUUUUCCAAACAAAAUAAACUAUUCUCAAAGUGAGACCAGGGCUCGACUAUGUGUACAUGCGUUCAAGCUACUACCCUAGACCGAGCCGAGCCCAGCUUCCGUUUAUAACUUAAAAAAAGAGAGCGUGAAAUAGACGGACACAGCUGCUCAGGAAAAUGUUCUGGCUUGCUAAGGAUAGGAUAAACACCUUAGUCCAAAUGAAAUUUAAGGAGGUAAAACUGAAAAAUAAUAAUAAAAAAUUUGUUUGCUCCCUACUUUAAUAACAGGAUGAGUUUGUCCUUGACCAACCCAUGUACCUUCCUUUGCUACCUUGCUCACCUUUGCCUUAAUUUAAACUCUAUGAAUUACGAAUCUCGAAAUUCAACUUAGACAAUUGAAAAGUAGAAAAGAUGGUGAGGUUUUAAGCUCUGUUAAUUCACGAGUGCCAACGUAGUUCAGUGGGUUAAGAGCGCCCGAGCAGUGUCUGCGAAUUAGUUUAGAAUCCUGACUGGCGCUUUCGACGCGUUAACGCGCGACAAAACCCUAGGAGCGUUUGCGUGAAAAGCAUUACACAAUUUUCAGGUGGACUGGAAGUUUUCUAACUUUAUCAGAUGAAUAGAAUGUGUCUGAUUUUUUUUCUAGAUAUCAUACUUGAAGUGCAUUAUGGAUCAUCAAGAGGAAAACACCGACGCACGCGCACCGCGUUUACUCAUCAACAGCUUCAAAUACUGGAAAACACUUUCUCCAAGACACAUUACCCGGAUGUAGUAAUGAGAGAGCAAUUGGCUGCCUAUAUUAACAUUCCAGAAUCAAGAAUUCAGGUAAAUGGAAGUAACUGUAUUAGCAAAAAGUGCUUAGUUAUUACAACCUGAAUAAUUUCAAAUUCGGGUAGAGUCAAUGCAAAAGAUAUAUCUAUCUGCUUAUGUGCGGCAGACUAGCUAAAAGAGGAUAACAUUUAAAUUCGUUGACCAAAGCAAUGAUCGCCUUCACCCUUAGAUAAGAAAAUAUUAAUCUUUAAGGGACUUGAAAUAGCAUUUGGGAAAACUGGAGCAUCUUCACGAGUAUGCUUAUAAGUUAACAUCCAGUCCAAAAGAAGUAGAAAUCCACAUAAAACAAAGCGUUAAUGUUAUGCCUCUUUUCCAAGACGAGUAAAACAGCUAACGAGCUGGCGUAAAUAAUAAUAAUAAAAAAUGUUAGUGCCGAAUAAACCGAUUUACAGAGUGCCAUGCCAUGAAACUAAAGGCGCAUAAAGAUGAUUUGUUAUUUGUAGAGCCUCCUCCGUCUUCUUGAUCGAGGAAGAGAAAAUGAGGCUUUGCCUGAAUCGCGUUAAAGCCAAAACGUCUGGGCGCGUCAAACCGGUUUUUCUAGUGUGAGUCAUUAUUGAUAAACCGAUGGUCAUAAAUGAGCCUGCUGUACCAAGCGCACGGCUUUUAGGACUGGGUUCGCAACUGUAUCCCAGCAGCAUGCAGCGCAUGCCCAACAAAGAUAUCACGUAGAGCCUUUCUCGCCAAAAUCGAGCAAGCGAAAAAAGGGUUUCUGACAGGGUCGGUGUUGUAAGAGCGAUUAGUGAUUAAUACUCCAUUAAUAAAUUUCAGGUGUGGUUUAAAAACCGAAGAGCUAAAUACAGGAAGCAAAUGAAAGACGGCGAGGAAUUAAAUACGGCCGAGAUGGAAAACAAAGCGAUGGAACGUCACUAUAACAGUCAAGAUACUCCGCCUUGGAGCCCACAACAUUUUUAUGGAGCCGGUAGCUUGCCAUUUGGACCAGGGAGUGCUGUUUCAGCUCCAGGCAAUUUCGGACAAUACUCCUGGCCAUCUGUGCCGUUGUAUACCUCAAGUCCUUGCGCGUGUAUGCCUUCAUACUCUGAAAGUACAAAAAGGGCUUGGUCUGCAUGCACGGCGUGUUAUGAAAAUACGGACACUAAAAAACAUUUAAAUUGACUGCCAGUAGCUUUAUCUCUUUAACAGUUGGUGUAUGGGCGGUCGAGAUUUGGUUAACUUGAGUAAAAAAUGCUGUGUAUGUCUUUUUGUGUAUAUAGAUGUUACACACCCACUGACACUAAAUUCCAGUGAACCUUUUUCACAGUAGUGGAAAAAAGGAAAGGAAAAACUAACUUACAUUGUAAGUUUGGCAUUUAAAAAACUUUCACCAAAGAAAAGCUGAGUUAUAAAAUCGUAUUGAGCAACAACUUAGUGAAAAUGGAUAGGGGAUUGUCAUAAUCAAUAUUGAAGAUGUAAAAUAUCUUAAAAGCCAAAAUAAACACACCUCAUUGUUUGUAAAUAUUUGGCAACUGAGAACUAAUAAGUUAAUAAACUCAAUCGGUCGCCGAUGUGACCCUCCAGGAUGGUAAAAUUUGUACACUUCUCAAGUGAGAUAAAUUGUGUGUUGUAGUCUUGUGUGUUGUAGUCUUGUGGUUUAGGUAGAUUAUUUCACAAUUCAACCAAAUAGUUACCUAAGAGUGUGCUAACGACGUUAGGAAACGCUAAAUCCUCCGACGUUUUUAAAAUUUCAUCUUGAAUGUCUAGUUUUUGGAUUAAGGGCAGCAAAUCUGGUUUCGGAUUAAGAUAAGAAUUCCCUGAGAGCUAGACAAUUUAUCAAAUCCGCACACAAUAUAGUGCUCAAAGUAUUUCUAGAGAUUCAAGAUAAAAUUAAAAGCUAGAGUGAAGUCUGGUCAUAAUAGCUAACAUAGUGCGGGUACACAAAGCUGAACUGAAAUAAGAGAA